AAUGGAUCAGCUCGUAUUCGUCGCCAGUACAAAUACCCACACGUACAUACAUUUGUAAGACUGUAUCGUAUGUCGGUAGACAACAAAAUGCGCGUGAGCGAGAAACCUUUUUCCAUAGGACCAAUAAAACGACGACGUUUGUACACUACACUAAUUAGUCUGUCUAAAACAGACAACCCUGGGAGCUCCUUCCUCCAGCUCCAAUGGCUUACAACCUCGAAUCCCUAGCUCAAAUCCUCCACCAGCUUCUUCUCCCCGACCACCACUCUCGCCGCCCCUGGUUUCUCGACCCCAGCCAAACCUCCGACUUCCAAUCCCUCCUCACCAAGUCCUAUUUCCUCAGAGACUUCUUCCAACACUCUUCCUCCUCCAUAACCCCUCCCCAAGCUCGAACAACCUUGGAGUCUCGAAUCAGAGACGCCGCCUGUCACGCCGAAGCCAUCAUUUCUUCACACUUGGCGGAUAAACUCACGAUUCCGCGAAUCAAAGGCCAGCGAGUCAUGAUCCCCUUCCCAGAUCUGCUCCGAGUCAUCAACGACAUUCAAUUCGAGCGUAUCCUCGAAGAUAUAGUCAAAUUAAUGGAUGAGAGUCAUCAGACACAGGUAAGAAGAAGGAUCGAUUCGACGACAGAGUCGUCGCAGAUUGUCUCAACCUCACAAUUCUCAGAUCUAAAUCCCGACCAGAUUGUUCUCGGCUUGGCCGACGAUUUGAUUCAGCUCAAACAUCGCCUGCUCGGCCAGGAUCCUGAUUCGAAGCUCGAAAUUCUCCCCAUUGUCGGCAUGGGAGGGAUUGGUAAGACCACUCUUGCUCGAACACUGUACGAUGAUCCUGUUCUUACUCCACAUUUCGACAUUCGAGGUUGGGUCACAAUUUCUCAAACCUUCAAUGUUAGAGAGAUUCUUCUCAGCCUUAUAAAGCAAGUUUCUCCUGAAAAAUUAACCGAUGAAAUCAUUAAAAAGGAUGACAGUGAAUUGAUCGUUCGAUUGUAUCAGAAUCUAUGGGGAAGACGAUUCCUAAUUGUUUUGGACGAUGUUUGGAGCCCUAAGGUUUGGGACGAAAUCAAAACAAUAUUUCCCGACGAGGCAACGGGGAGUCGAAUCGUCGUCACGACACGGGAGCGUAGCGUGGCGAAUUUUGUUGCCGGAAACGACGAGCAACACCACAUGAAGUUCCUAAACGAGUCCGAAAGUUGGAACCUUUUUUGCCGGAAAGUGUUUGUGGAAAAACCAUUGAUCAACAUUGGUCGAAAAAUUGCCAAAGGAUGUCGAGGACUUCCUCUCGCAAUCCACGUCGUUGGUGGCGUGCUCGCGCGCGCCGAUCGAACGAUAGAGUCGUGGAGACGAGUCGCCGACGACGUCUGCUCGACUAUGGCUAAUAGCGACGCCCAAUUCUCGAACAUUUUAUCCCUCAGCUACAAUCACUUGCCCGAUUAUCUACGGCCGUGUUUUCUUUACAUGAGCACUUUUCCGGAAGAUCAUGAGAUUCAAUCCUCGAAGCUAGUCAAUUUGUGGGUCGCCGAGGGGUUUCUGAAGCCAAUUUCCGGGAAAAGUUUGGAGGACGCGGCCGAGGUGUAUUUAAAGGAGCUCGUCGAACGGAAUUUGUUGUUAGUUUGUAAGAUCGAGGCGAAGAGGAAUGUGAAAACAUACAUAAUGCACGAUUUACUAAGGGAUUUGUGUCUUCGAAAAGCCGAGGAAGAGAAGUUUGUGUUCGUCGUGGGAAAGUCGAUCCGAGGAUUUAUUCCGAGUGACGCUGCGCAGCUGCGCCGUCUGAGCGUUCGCGGCUGUAAUCGCGAGGCAUGUUUUCAUGAAUCCGUGGACUUAGCGAGUGUUACGCAUACAUUUCUGUUGAAUUCGCUGAAUUGUUCCUAUUUCGUCGAUCCUGAUCAGCCGCAUCUUUAUGUGUUUCGAAUGCGAUUGCUAAAAGUGCUCGACAUAUUGGCACUAAAGCUCGUCGACCUGCCGGAAUCAGUCGAGCAGCUCGUCAAUUUGAGGUACAUCGCGGCGAGAUUUCAGUUAGAUUCGAAACUACCUUCUUCGAUAUCCGCCCUGUGUAAUUUACAGACGCUAAUCUUUAGUCAAGAGCAAUACUUUGGCGCGACUGUCGAAGAAAUACUUUUUGAGAUGCCGGAGUUUUUAAGACACGUUCGAUAUAAGGGGAUAUAUCCGCUUUAUCAUGUUCGCGACGGGGAGUGGGAGAAGUUAGCCGUUCAAGAAAAUCUACAAACGCUGUCGUACGUCGCCGUAGACAAUCAAUUUCCGAAGAUUCUUGAAGCGACGCCGAACCUGAAGACUUUGGGCAUUUUCGAGCACGAGGAGAUGUCGCUUUCCGUGUGUAUCGAUUUGUCGCGGAUGGAUAAGCUCGAAGUGCUCAAAUGCAGAAGCUUAUCGACGUAUCCGAAAGACGAGUACUCGACUCUGUUAUGUUUCUUAAUUCUCGCGCCGUGGCUCAAAAAGUUGUCGUUGAGGAACCUCCGGAUUCCUCCCAAGUGGAUGGGAAAAGUCGGGGCGUUGCACAAUUUACAGAUUCUGAAACUGCGGGGAUGCAUCUUUCGACAUUUGGCUUGGGAGCCGUCAGAAGGGGAAUUCGUCGAGCUGCGGCUUUUGGUGUUAGAAAAUCUCGAUUUGAUGAAAUGGGAGGCCGAUGCGACGCAUUAUCCGCGACUCGAGCAUUUGGUUAUUCGAGAUUGCGGAAAGCUUGAAAUCCCGUGCGAUUUGGGAAAUAUCAUGACGCUCGAAACGAUUGAACUGCAUAGACCAACCUUAGGAUUGAGGGAGUCAGCGAGGAAAAUACAAGACGAGCAAGCGGAACUGGGGAACGACUCUCUCCAAGUUCGCUACCUUUAAUAGCCUGCAAACUAAAUCCGACAAGUUUCAAUUUAGAGAAACCAUUAGUAAUGAAAAUGGUAGAUUGAAUACAUUAAAAAGUCACCAAUCACAUUGUGCCACGUCAUAAAUACUAAUAAUUAAAAAAGCUAAAUUACACCAAAUCUACCUAAUUUUAUGAAAUUGCGUCAAAUUUUUUAUAUUUUUAAAAUUGUUUUAAAUUCUUUUGUUGUUAUAUAAAUUCUACGUCUAAUUC